CUAUACUUACUUCCCCAGAGACCAGCCACUCUCCUGCUGUAUGACGAUGUGGUGCAGUUACUGUUGGGUUCUCCAGCAUUCUGCAAAAUAUCUUCUGUUGUGAUUCACAGAAGAAAGGUUUAGAACAACAUGAGGGUGAGUAAACGGUAACUGUCCCUUUAACCAGAGCCUCAACUCUUACCACUCUUAAUCUUUUUAUUUAUAGUGCUAUGAAAAGGGAAUUACUAGGGAGAGAAAGGGAUCAGGACAUAACAGUUUGGGCUCAUACCUAUGAUACCUAUAUGAGUACCACAAUGUUUCAGUAGGUUUGACUGACGCUUUAUGUCUAUCUUUAAUAUGGGCUUACUGAUACUCUGUGGCGGCUCAGCCAGGCUGUGUUUCACAUGGUUAGCUUGGAAUCUGAGAUCCGAAUACAGCUUCAUUGAUUCACACACAUCCUGCAGUGGUUACAUGUGCAGAUGUGUGGAACUGCUGAGUUGGUCGUUUAAUAAUCAGGCUAACACUAUUAUUCUCGUAUCUCAAGCUGCCAAUAAGCAGGCGCAACUUAACUGAGACUGGAUGCAGUGCCUGCUAGCUGUUUCACCACGUUGCAUGCGCAAUAAAUGUCAUUAAGAUUUACAAACAUGAUCAAAUGACACAUUUACUUUGGAAAGAGGUUGUUUCCUCUGGCAACGUAAGGGAGAUUUAGAGAAACUGCUGCCUGUGUUGCCUGGGUGGCUUGUGUGUUUUGUAGUGCCAGUCAGGUGUUUAAUAGAGAGUAUUAUGGCUCAAAUUAUGGUUGUGGGAAAGUGACUUUUAGUUGAAUGCUUUCUGGUUGGGAAGUGAUUUUAUCCGAUGGUCUACUAAGUAUGAUGUAAUGUGUAUCAUGCAAACUUGACUGUUAAAGCCCUGCCUAACCUCGCUCUUUGUGUGUGUGUGUGUGUGUGUGUGUGUGUGUGUGUGUAGGCAUCCUGACGCAGCUCUUUCUGCAUGAUCCUUAUCAAUUUAAUGAGCUUGAUCUCUCUCUGUGCAUACAGGGAUGUAGCUGUGUGUGUGGGUCCCUGAUUGCUCAGUGAUUAUAGUUACAUGCACUCAAAUGGUGUGUCCUCCCAACCUCACUUCUGCCGACAAGCCAACGGCUUGCUAUCUUUCCCUCUUCACAUUCAGUAAGAGAGGCUCUUGCUCUAGAAUACCAUCAGUGUCUCCAAGCUGUUCCCGAGAUAAAUGGGCAACUUGUUGGGCCCAGCACAGAAAAAGGCCUCGCUGAAUGAUUUAGACAUUUUAAUAAGGGUGUAAAGUCCUUGAGUAAUUGCACAUUACUGUACCAAAGUAUUAGUUUUUUUUGUUUUGUUUUUACCUGGCUUGAGUAAUACUGAAACUGGAUACAUGGAUAUUUCCAGUGAAAAUUGGCAGGAGGCCACAAAUGUUUUAUUUAUUCCUUUAGACCUUUCCAUCUAAUUAAAAAAGCUCAAGACGACGAAAUAAACAGUAUGUGUAAUAAUGUAAUGUAAUUGGCCCAACUAUGUCCCUUGGGAAGUAGCAUCAUAUCAGUUGUUAACCUACAGCUGAAGAUAAUAUGAACUUGAAAGGAAUCUCAACAGUCAACACACAGUCUAUAAACAACUUAAUUAAAAUGUCAAACAACUCUGAAACAGUUUUUGUAUUAUUUAUAUACUAUUAUAUAAUAUUUUUAUAUUUUAUAUAUUUUUUAAGUUUAAUGUUGUCUAAAAUUUCAGCUACAUUUCAAUUACUAAAAACUACAUUUGUGUAGUUUUAUUUUAAAAUAACUUAAAUCAGUCUCAGAUAAUUGCAGGGUACUGGUUUCAGUUUUAAUAUCUAAUGUACACUGGAUGAUUACAUAGUCAGGUAUUGAGAAAUUUGAAAUUAAACAGAUUGCUUUACAAUGUUGUGCAUCAAAGCUACUGCAGUGAUAAUCUAGACUUUAUCUCAUGUUAUCUCGUGUGCUCGUUUCUAGGAAUUAUUCUACAGACAGAUAUAAAAAAAAUGUCUUUUGAGAAAAUAGUGAAAUAAUGAACAACUUCUGAUUUUUAAAUACUAUAUUAUAUUUAAUAUAUUUAUUGUAUUUACUACAGCAGAAGUUUAAGUAUAGAAUUGCAUUGCAAGUUAUUUUAUAUUAUUAGAUUUUUAUAUACUUAUGGAAUAUAUUAUGUUUUGUUUGUAUAUAUGAAAUGAUCUAUAUUGAUAUAUGAAAUUAGGUAAAUAGGUAUGUUUAUGCAUCCAUUGAUUUAAGUUAUUGCACCAUCCACCCUCAGAGUGCAACAUGAUGCUUACUGAGAGAAGUAGAGGGAGAGUGUUUUUUAUGCCUCAAAACCCAUUACCAUGGCAACUUUGGCAGUGACAGUAGAAUGUGCAUUUUGUAACAGGAGGGGUUAUUAUUAAAGUGUUGCAUAUCUGUCUCUGUUGCGUGGGAGGAAUGUGUCAUGUCAAACCUGAUCUGAGAUCUGCUAAUCUAUCAGUGAGGUUUGCUUCUGACCACUAAAGAGCUUGUUAAAGCCUCCUGUAUUGAAAGAACUCAUGCACAAUACAAAAAGUGCCUUAAUUGUUUUGUUCAAACAUCCACCUUCAGAGUGGGGUUAUGGUUUUUGGGAGUGUAUUUUGUGAAAAGUGAGUCAAGCAAAUGUACAGACAGAAACAGCCUAAACUCUGAGCCAUAGCGUGGGAGGAUUUUUGUGUUCACAGCAUGCCAGCCUGAAAAGAAGUCACUCAAUUGAUUUGGGCUUCAGGGUUUGUUUAGAAACAUGAAAAAAAAGUGAAUGUUUGAAAAGGCAUUGUUGUAUGUCAUUGCUGUGUUUGUAAAUCUUGAUGUCUUUAGGUGCAUUUUAAUUAGUGUGAAUUCAGAAUAAAUUAAAUAUUAAACUGAAUUCCAAUUUUUGAUACACUUGUCAAUAUUUGCAAUGACUACAACCACUUUACAAAAAAAAAAAAAAAGAACAACAAUUUAUUAUCAUAGCCCUAUCUCUAGUUAAAUAUACCUUAAAUCUAUGCAUAAAUCAGUCAUCUAACAUCCUCUCUCUUCUUCAUUUUUCCAUUCUCUGGCCAAGAGGGGCAUUAUGUCUUCCUCUCCCAACAGAGCUCAAGCACAUCUGUAACUGAGAACACGUGCAAUGAAGAGAGAGAUGAGAAAUGACUCCCUUGACUAGAGAGAGGCAGGGUGAAAGAGGAGGGAAGUGUUUUUCUGAGAAUAAACUGGUGAGAAUCAAGCGGGAGUGUGAGUUGAAUAUAAAUCUCCUGAGACCUGCUUGCAUGAACAGCUUCCAGGCACAGGGCCUAUUCAGAUACAGAUAGCUAUUGAGUCAUUCUUACUGCUGUAAAUCAAACCAUUGACAAAAUGGCAGUCUGCAGGUGAUCUCCAUUGAAAAUUGACAUCAUUCAGAUGUUGGUAAUUACUAUGACUUAAUGUGGUUUUCCAGUGUGGCUGCUACAUGCUCAGAAAGAGCACCAAUCCUUUUGAUAGACAGCUAAUCUCCAGUACCGGAUAAAGAUUACAUAAGAAGUGCCUGUUUGGAUGAACUGACUGACUGCUGCCGUAUGGGGGUGGGAGGUGUGACCAAAAUCGUAUUUCAUAGUAUGAGUAUUUUUAAUACCAUUUCAUAUUGAUCAUAGUAAUAGUAUGUAUCAAAAAAUAUACAUGCAGACAGUUUAAUGAAAAAUAUAUAUUUUAACAACAGUGUGACAAAGCCUAUUUUUAGAGUAUGAAUGAAAUACUUUGCAAAUGAAAUGUACUGUAGAGUUAAUAUUACUGGCUGUGACCUAUUGGUUAAGGUAAAUAAUUAUGAUACUUAAAAAUUCAGCUGAUAUUUUUUUUUUCUCAAAUUUACAUUUAUUUAGCAGACACAUUCAUCCGAAUGUAUAAGAAUUUAUCCAAUUAAUGUAUCCAAUUUAUAUUAGUAAUUAUUUGUAAGCAGAUGGUAAACAUUCAUUUAACUCUGACCCCAAGCUGACCAUUCCCACAAUUGAAUGUAUCUAUAUCAGAGUGGGUAACAGGCACUCAGCAUUAACUCUCAUUGUUUUCCUCAGACAGCUUGACCCCAAGGUCAGCAAUACUAAUCUACAGCAUUCAAACAGCCCUCUGUACAAAAGGCCCACUGAUGCUACUAACAUCUAUGGCUUUGUCACGGAAAUGGUGAUAAAUUGGCUGGUGCAGUUGAGGGAAGUGCACUUUAGUGAUUUUUCAUGAGUGGUAUGUCUCUUUGGUGAGCUGACUCCCUCAGGGGUUUUCAUUUUCUCAAUCUAGCUCUCUGUCCAACUUUUAGAAUGAUAUGUGUCAGUGAACACUCCCCUUUGAACCAGAAAGGUUUCGGGUUUUGCUUCACUAAUAUUGGCCCUGUUGGUAACACUUCAAAGUAGGCCCAGUUGCAAAACUAAAAAAGAAUAAGGCCCUGUUUACACUUGGUAUUAAGACGGUCAAUCUGAUCACAAGUGGACAAUGGAGACACAUACCCGUUUACACCUGGCGUUUUAAUCCGUCUCUUCUGUCCACUUUAGACCACUUCUGACCAGAUUACCCCCUGUGGUGCUGAUUAAGUCAAGAGGAUGGUAAAUGGGCGGAUCCCUCUGUCGGCGUCAAAACACAAGCAGGAGGGCUAAAGUUAUCGCGCACUAAUAUUACGUCUGCAUGUACUUACUGCUGUUGUUUCUUUUUUGUGUUAUCAGAGAAACAAUGUCAUACAUUUAAUUUCGAUGUUAUCUGUAACUUUUAAGGGGAUAUGUUUUUACACACAGUUAUAUUCAUGCUAUUCAUGAAGCCAGUUGACAUUUGUGAUGUUUAUCACUGAGCAUCUAUGAUAGAAGGCGGUCCCAUCGGCGAGGCCAACGACAUGAUUCUGCACAUGAAGGGGAUUCUCUAUGCAAUUCAAAAUGCCCAAGCUCCUUAGGUUUGCCAGUUGGCGAAGCACCAGUCCCAACUAGACUGUUCCGUUCUUUUACUGCAUAAUCAUAGUUUUCAGUGUCAGGUUUACAGGGGAUCAACCCAUCUGCAGCCCAAUCCUUGUGCAAUCCCAGUGGAAUUGCAAGCUUUGUUGGCCAGACACUGUUGCAGCCCUUCUUGUCAUCAUGUAAGAUGCAAAUCACUGCUAGUGCCACGGUAUGCAAUUAGGCUAAGAGCCAGAAGCCUACAGAUAUUACUCAGAGACGGUUUGGCAAAUGGUAUCUGGUUUAAUUUUCGAGAUUCCUGUGGAUGAUUUGCACUGUAUUAGUUUCUCCUCUCAUCAAGAGCUGGAUAUGGAUCCCGGAGACAGCCAUGGGUACAGCUUCAGAGGAGAGCCAUCCGACCACCCCUAAACACCUCCCAAAUUACCCUCUCUGCAAUGCUCACCUCCUCCCGCAGUCAGUAUGAGCUUGGGGGCUUUCCUUACCCCCUUGCCUUGGAGAACUCAACAGGAAUCAAUAGUAGCUGGGUGGAGCUAACUGCUCUAGCUGCAAUGUGUGCUCAGCUCACUGGGCCCAACGGCACUGAGGUCCAGGUGUCAGAACCCAUCCACAUCUCCAUCCCCCUUCCUUCUGAUACACCUCUCAAGACUGCCACCAGUGUCCCAGUAUGGAGGUUCGAGGACAAGACAGGUCUGUGGGUCAGAAGUGGUGCUGGAUACAUUAAAAAAGAGGGCACUCAGAUGACAUGGAGUUUUGUGGCUCCAAAUUUAGGAUACUGGCUUGCAGCAUUUCCCUCAACCUCAGGAGCAGGCCUGAACACCUCUGGUCUAAGGGACAUCACUACCUAUCACACUAUUUUCCUGCUAGCGAUUCUGGGUGCCAUGGCCCUGCUAGUGCUUAUUCUGCUGUGUUUGCUACUGUACUACUGCAGGAGGCGGUGUCUAAAACCUAGGCAGAAUCGCCGUAAAAUGUACCUCUCAUCCACUCUGGAAAGCUCAAAAAGAGACCAGGGGACAUCCACUUCCCACCUAAAUCUCAUCAGCGGUGGACACAUGGAGACAGCGUCCUCGGCCGCCAACCCUGACGGCAUCAAAUCUGACCUUUCCUCCAACCGUGAUCUCCACAGCUCUCGAGAGGACUUCUUCAGACAUGGCCCCACCCAGAGACAGCGCAACUCCAGGAUAAACGCUGACACAAAGCGAGUAGAGAGCUUCCCAUUGAAGACCACUCGCUCUUCAAACACAGGAACUCGAGACCCGCUCCUGCAGGAUGACUAUAGCAAAGGUUACAGCUCUGCGGAGGACUCUGAUGAUCGCAGAUACCUUCACCACAAUGCUAAAGACAACCAGGGCUAUUCAUCAGACCCACCGUCUCCACCUCCACUUUUGCCACCAUUUACUAGCCACUAUCAGGAUCACAGUCGGGACAGCAUGCCCCCAGAGUAUUAUGCAUCGCCAGGGGAUCACCCCAAUCGGCCCAGUUCUGUUAACACCCAACCUGGCCAGCUGAUAUUUUGUCACUCCAUGGAGCAAAUGAAGGAGAGCAUGUACCACAGCAUGGUUCCCACGCUGGUUAUCCCUGCACAUUAUAUGCAUCUGUCCUCUGACCUAUCAGCUGUGGAGCAGGCAAUGGAAAGGCAGCAACAGCUGCAGCAUGAUAUGGAGGGCAUCCAGGUUAGCAUGACGCUGCCACGGCAACAGAGUCAACACCAAAAGCAACAACAACAGCAGCAGCAGCAGCAGCAGGCCAGACAAGAAAAGGAAGAGGAAGAGUCUAGCCGGCAAGCAGAGGGACCUUCAGAGGAAAACUGGGGAUCAGAACAAUCCACUGCCCCAGUCCGUAUUCCUGUCCUUUUCAAUGACUCCACCAUUGCGCAAAUGAAUGGAGAGCUGCAAGCGAUGACGGAGAAGAAGCUGCUGGAGCUUGGAGUAAAGCCACACCCUCGUGCCUGGUUCGUUUCCCUUGACGGCCGUUCAAACUCUCUUGUUAGACACUCCUACAUUGAGCUAAGCAAUGAAGCCUUGCGUGCACCCGUGGGCCCCAGCAGUCUAGCCCAGGACCACCGUUCUGAAGCACUCCCUGUGAGUUCAGGGAGAUCUACUCACCGGAAAUUAAAAGAGGAGGGCAAAGCGAAGGAGGGAGGUGAAAGAAAAGCUCAUGGAAAGAUUUAUUCCAAGCUUCCCGUUAUCGAAACGCCAGACUCGAGCAGCGAGAGCCAUUCAGCCAUGUACUCACCUGAGGAGAACUCCACAGUGCCACUGCUCGACGAGACCUCUGAAUCCAGAGGAGGGACGUUCCCUCGUAAAGGCCGCAGUCGGGACAACAGCACCCGCAGUAGUGCCAGCGAGGUCCACAGAGACUCGGUCACCACUCCUGAUGAUGACAAUGAAGCCGACGACAAAGAUGACGACGGAGAGAAUAAGAAGAGCCCCUGGCAAAAGCGUGAAGAGAGGCCCCUCAUGGUGUUCAACGUCAAGUAACUCGCAUGCUGUCCAGGACUGGUUAUGGCAACAUCUUGGCUAUACCUUAGAUGCUUACUAGUGAUGAAGAUGCAGCAUUGGAAAAGAGUCAGAUGAAAAGCACAAUUAGAGACAUGGCACUUACCUGAGUGAUAGGCAUCUGUUCCAACCAUCAAGACUAGGUACCAAGAAUUAGCACUGAAUGCCGCUUGUAAAGAAGCAUCUAAAGUCCUCACACCCUUUUAGAUGUCCUUCAGAUGGUUUAAACAUCUGAUGUAGUUCUGGCAGCAGUUCAUAAGGCCAUAACUUUGAAUCUGCACUCUUCUCAAGCUGUUAUCUCGCUUUCCUUAAGUGAUGCCCAUUUUUUGUAAGAAUGACCAUGAGCCAUUUUAAACUUUAGACUUUGGGAAGCAAUCCAUAAGCCUUAAAGAGCUUUUCCUUUUCAAAAGAAAAAUAAAUGAAUGAAUAAAAAAAAAAUGAAUAUUAAUGUGAUAUAGGUGAAAAAGGGGGCUUGAAAGAUUUUAUCAGUCUGGAAUGACUUUUAUUGUAGUGGUUUACUCAAAUGUUUCAUUUGUUUAUAUUACUAUGUAGAGCUGAACCAUUAAGAUGUGUGGAAAUCGUACAUUUCACAAACAGAGGUGAAAUGUUUGCUGAAUAAAUUUGUGUGUUUACUCCAAUGUGACUUAUCAAAUCCUAGUGGUUGACACAUAAUGACACUGUAUUUUGUACUGUUGGUAAAAGUUCCCCUUUUGUACUUAUCUAAAACCAGUGUUGCCGUUUUUUUUAAGGAGACUGAUUGGCUUAGGAAAGCUGCUCUUAGAUAUGAAUAAAAGGUUCUGCUUAUAUACUGUACAGAACUCAUUUUGUACUCUGAAUAAGCCUUUCCUGUUGGGUCAGUGCAGCAAUAGGAAUUGUGUUUUGAGGGACUUACCUUGGACACCUGUGAAAAUGUUUUCGCACUAAUCUUUGCUGCACUGCAUUGGAACUUUUGCCGUAAAUCAGAACCACUGCAACCCUGCUCUGUUAACUGUGGAAGUACAAUUUUGAACCUUUUUCUUUUAUGGACUUUUUGUGUGUGACUGAAGAUACAGAUUGUGCUUGAAAUGGAUGUGCAUGGAUGGAUUUACACAAAAAUAUUGUACCAAGUAUUUUUUUAAAAACAAGUAUUGCUUGAUUAAGCACUCUUAACUAAACUCUGUGAACCACUUAUUUGUAAAUAACACCUUAGUAAAUUUACACACGCACUUCA